AUGCAAAACCAGCCUUCUUCAUCAUCAAUCCCUUCGUCGUCUUCCACCAAUAAUAACACCAACAAUGUUUCAUCCUCCUUGUCCUCCUCCUCUUCAACCACAAGACCAUCUCCCAUUCCUAAUUCUCCUAAUACAUUGACUACAUCUUCUUCUUCGAGUAGCAACAUGAUGAUGAGAUCCUCUCCUAAACCAUCAUCGGGUGGAAUGAUUCCCCAAUAUCAACAAUAUUUUCAUUUACUGCAAUCCAUUUCCUCGGGAGGUCCUUUACCAAUUCCAUCAACUUCCACCUCUUUGAAUGGAUCGGGAGGUACUUCGAAUUUGCCAUUCUCUCCAAAUUUGAACGGAUUGCCACCGAGUUCGAGUGCUUCUUUGGUUUCGACUUCACCCAUGAUGAGGAGGACGACAUUGAGUGCAAUUUUGGGAACCACUCCGAGCGGGUUGACUCGAUCGAGCAAUAAUAAUAGCAGCAACAGUGUUGUUGGAUCUUCAACAUCAUCCUCAUCAUCAAACCAAAAUUCUUCAUCCUCAGCAUCAUCGAAAGGAAAUACUUCUCCAAAGAAUGAACAGUCUUCAACAACACCCAUGCUGGUCACAACCUCGGCCAAUCAGAAUUCAACACAAAUAGCAUCACCCGUACCAAUUUCAAGUGUCUUACCAGUCAAGCUUUCGCAUGAUUCUCAUCAUGACUCGAGUGUUGUGUUGGACUCGAGUGUUUCAAUGCCUUCUCCUGCUGUUGCAAAACAGAAAAAGUCACGAAAGAAAAAGGAAGAAAAGGAAGAAAAAAAUUCCGCAAAUGAAGAUGAUGCCACCAGCAGUGGUGGAGGCGGUGGUCAAGGAGAAGACGAACAAUCCAAGAAGGGAAGAAGCAAAACUUGCAAGAGAUGGACCGAAGAACAAAAUCGUCUCUUAAAAGAUGCAGUAUUACGAUAUGGACCAAGAAAUUGGAAAAAAAUUGCCUCAGAAAUUAGUGGAGGAAUGUUUACAGCUGAUCAAUGUAAUCAACAUUGGCACAGGGUAUUGCAUCCACGUAUUAUUAAGGGAGAAUGGACACAAGAAGAAGAUAACCUUCUCUUUGACAAGGUUGCUGAAUAUGGAGAAUCCAGCUGGACCAAAGUAGCAGAAUUUCUCAUUGGACGAACCGACAUUCAAUGUCGUCACAGAUAUUUCCAAAAGAAGAAAGAAAUGGAAAGUGGUUCAAGAAGAAAGACCACUUCCACAUUUUCCUCGCCCUCUCUUGCUUCAUCGACUGGUGUUUCUCCUGGCUUGGGAGUAACAGCAGAUGGAGGCCUAUUGUCUCCACAACUUGCUGGUUUAGAAGGUGUUCGUGUGAACGUGCCAAAUCCGUCACCUCCGCUUGGCAUUUCUCCUAGCUCAAUAUUGGAUUCUGCAAGUACCUCUAACUUUGUUCAUCAACACAAAAUUACAUUAUUUACUACUCCAUCGACCGUUCCUCUUCAGGAAAGACUGAAAGGUGAUUCUUCUGUGAUUUUGGGACAACAACCAUCACCAAAUAUUCAAAACAACACACCAAGUGGUACUUUUGCAUCUCCUUCCUUAUCAAUGGAAUCCAAACAAAGAGUCACACAAUUUUCAUAUCUAGAGAAAGAAGGAAUUGAUGAAAGUGAUUUCGUAACAAUCGAUGAAAUGCCAAUGAUUGUGCCUACGACGACCACUACUCCAACACAAUUUCCAAAAAGUCAACAAACUUCUACACCACAAGAAGAAAAGAAAAUUCCAACUCAACAAAAACAACAAGCACAGUACAAUGAGAAUUUAUUACUCUGUGACGAAGAAGAUUUAUCAACUCCUCAACUGGGAGCAACUUCUCUCACAACAGAAGAAGACAUGUCAUCUGCCACACUCAUGAAACGAGCAACUCCUCAACUUGCAACUCCACAAAUGGGUGGAGAACAGGAUGACAUGGACGAAGAUGAUGAACCACAUCAAUUAACCAUUGACGAGAUGGACACUGUUUCACCAGAACUCUCAAAAGCAAAGAACUUACAAAUGGGCACAAAGUCCACUCAACCACUCAUGGCUCCAGUUCACACAACUAUUGGAUCUCCACAAGUGGCAACAACCAUUUCGAGUGGUAGUGACAGUCUUUCAUCGUCUGCCAACAUCAACAACACACCAACCAUCACUCCUGCCAAACCAAAGAAACGUUCGAGUGCUCUCAACAGAAUGAGAGGAAACAUCAAUGUGUGGAUUCCAUUUAGUGAAAGUGAAGAACAAGUAUUAAUAACAGAGGUUUACAAACAAAUUUUGGAAAAGAAUUUACCUCUUCCUCACAUCAACAUGCACCGAGGAAUCCAAUCCACAGCAAUUGUUGGAGUCUCUAUCAGCGAGGAUCAAUCUUCUUCCAUUCAGUUUCAAUCAACAAUUCCGAAUUCUUCUGAGUCAACAACAAUUCCUGAAGCAUUCUCAACAACAAGCAGCAAUGUUGGUGACACCAAUUCAACCUCAAACAGACAAUCCAUUCUGUUGCCUUCUCCAGUUCCUGUUCUGACAUCGAAUUCUCCUCUUCCUCGUCAAUUAAUUCCUCACAAUAACAAUAUUCGAAAGACAAGUGUCACACCUACAACGAGUGUCACUUCUUCGGACUAUGUGGAUGACAUUGAUUUUGUUGAAAUUUUGACAGUGAACAGCAAUUGUUUCCAUCCAUUACGAACUCAUCAUUCACUCAAAACUCACUUUGUGAAACUUCGAGAAAUGUUAGGUGACGCUGCUUUAUUCAACCUUUCACAUAAUCAUCAAGGACCAUUGGUAUUGGAACCAUUAUCUCAAACUCCUCUUGCUCUUUAUCAGAAAUCAAAUAGUCAUGCAUGGUUGUCCUCAAGUAAGGUUGCUACCCAUCGCACCAGUAGUAGCAGUUUGGCCUCUUCUUCACACGCAACAUCCACCACAACAUCAACGACAUUGAAUUCAGCUUCAUCUUCCUCACAAACAACUCCUAACAAACCUGGAAGGAAAAAGAAGAUAAUUCCACAAGAUGUCACAAAAAUGGAAGAAGGAGUUUCUGCCAACGCAUCCUCUUCAACAGCUGGAAAGCCAGGACGAAAGCGAAAAACAGCAAGCGCACAAAUACCUGGUGUGGCAAGCUCCACAAUGGCUGAACCAACUCGAAAGAAGGUUAAGAAGACACUCUCUGAGCAACAAAAGAAUUCCAAGAGCGAAGAUCAAAUGGAUGUGAACUCCACUCAAUCAACGAACCAAUUACCCCUAGUGGGUGAUUCAAAUGUGACAUUCCUUCUUCUCAAAAAUUUCAAUGCUCCACCCACAACCAAACAGAUUCAACCUUCAAAGAUGACACUUCCCUUAGAUACACCUCUUUCACAAAUAGUAUCAACCAUUCGAGGAAAUCUUUCACUGAAUUAUGAUCCAGAAAUUAUUUGCGAGAACUCACCAAUCUCCAAUACAUCGCAGUCACUGAGGAAUUUGAUGGACGAGAAAAAUAUUCAAAUUGAUGAAUUGGUUCUCUUUUACAAAUAA